CGCCAGGAGUCAGUCAGAACUUUAGAUGAGAGUAUUUUAGAGAAGUCUUUUGCUCACAGUGUCACAUAUAUAUAUGUCUAUGUCAGUGUCUGAGUUCUGACUGUUUAGAGAAAUUCUCUGCUUUACGGAGCGCUCUAUGAGUCAAAAAGCACCGUAUAGUAGCAGACGAAUUUCGCGUUACGGUGGCAGCUGGGACGACCUGAAAAUCCGGAUGAAGACGAGGUCACUGAAAAAUGGAGGAAGAAGUACAGAGUGAGGAGGCAGCUUCGAACUUGAAAGAACUCUAUCUCCCAGAAUCCUCAACUCCAGAGACCAGUGGCCAGGAUCAAACACACACAGAUGUACCGGUGGACGAGGACAUUGACGAGGAUGAUCAAACAAAGGAGGAACUCCAAGAGCAGCCUUUGACCAAUCAGUACCCUGGGAAAUCAGCCCCAGCUAUCCAAGCUCCUCCCACAGUCACAGGGUCGAAUCAGCUGGAGGAGUUCAUCAUCCUGGACCAGAAUGGGCAGGCGUUGCAGUGUGAACGCAUGGUCAUUGUGACAGGACAGUCACAGAAUGGACAGGUGUACGUGAUCCCAUCCAAUCAACUUACAGCAUCUCAAGUGCUGCUUCCCCAUGGCCAGCUGUUGGACAUUGCCGAGACAACCGGAUCGGGUGGUCAAAAAUCCUCCAGUCAGGAGCAACUGCAGACGGUCACCCUCACAGCCAUCGGUGGCAUUGCAGGCAGUGCUACGAUUGAGACCAACCCAAGCUCCAAAAGCUCGGACGCCUUUGUGACUCCAUUGAAGCCCCUCCCUCGUAAUGCACCCAGCUGGGCCCUUAGGCUGCGCAGCUGUGAGAAGAUUGGCGACUCCUACCGCGGUUACUGUAGCACGGAGGCGGAGUUGGAGGCGGUACUUCUUCUGCACAAGCAGCAGACGCAGGCGGUGUUUGGCACGCGCCAGUCGCCCUCCCCCGCCAAGGCCGCCACGCGCCUCAUGUGGAAGUCUCAGUACGUCCCCUACGACGGCAUCCCAUUCGUCAACGCAGGGAGCCGGGCGAUAGUCAUGGAAUGCCAGUUUGGUCCACGGCGGAAAGGCCUCCAGCCAAAGAAGAGUUCAGAGCUGGAGAGUCAGAAUGCAAACUACAAAGCCACCUGUCCUGCCAGGAUCUACAUUAAGAAGGUGCGGAAGUUUCUGGAGUACCGUGUGCCGACAGACCCUAAGGUGGACAAGAAGGUGGUCCGUCAGGAGCAGGAGAAGGCCUUCUUCAACCUGAAGAAGAGUCUCAGGGACCUCGGAGGAGUCAUACGGUACUAUCUCCAGCUACCUACCCAGAAAGCUCACCUGUACCACGAUAUGGAGGCCCCGCCCCUCCCCCCUACCCCUGUGCCUCUGCCCCUAUCAGAGGACGAUGGGGAGGGGCUACUAGGGCCAGAGGAGGAGGAGGAGGAAGAGGACGAAGGCUCCCUGGAUGAUGACAGCUGCGUGCCCUCUCGCCUGCACCCGCUAGUGGCUGAGAAGAUCAAGCAGCUGGUGACACAGGGACACAGCCAGGUGUACACAGUCCGCAAGCAGCUCAGGAAGUUUGUGGAGCGCGAGAUGUUCAAGGCAGAGAAGGUUCCGGAGAGGCACAACCUGUGCUACUUCCCCACGGUCAACGACAUCAAGAACCACAUCCACGAGGCCCAGAAAGCCCUGCAGCAGCAGCUGGGCUGCCCCGCGAUGCCCUCCGACCCACAGUGGGCAGGGGAUGACCUCCUGACGGAAACUGUGACCCUCACCCUGACCCCUGCGUCCAUGGAAGUGGCUCCUCAGAAGUGUGCGGUGCUGGAGGGCAGUGACACUCUCUCCCCAGAGGCCGUGCAGCUCUUCAGCUCCCUCAGCUCCCUGCAGCCCAAGAUCUUCGCCCAGCUCCAGGGUAUCCAGCUGCAACCCGCCUCCAACCCACCAGAUGGCGCUCUUCCUCAGCACUCCUGUCUUUCCUCCUCAUCCUCCACUGCUGUCCCUCUCUGCCCGGGGGCCCCUGACCUCCUAGAGCCCAGCAGCCCCUCUCUGGCCCCACAGCCCCAGCUGCUGAUCAGCCCCACGUCCUUCCUGCCCUCUAGCGCCACCCUGGUGGAAGUAGGUGGUAUGGCGGAGCCCCCGGCGGCACUGCUGGGCAUGGGGCAGCUGGUCAGCGUGACUGCCCUGGGCGGCCCCAGCAGAGAGGGCGGAGCCUUGCAUCAGAUACUGCUGGAGGACGGACAGACUAUCCCAGUGCAGAUAGUGGACCCGGCCUCCCUAGCAUUGACACCACCAGAGGACGCGGUUCAGGUGAAGGAGGAGACGGAAGAUAGCAUCAUCAACUCAGACGAGCCUACGGGAGACUGACACGCACGCACACACACACACACACACACACACACCCAUACUCUACAGAAACACUUACGCACAAACACUCACUAACACACACACUAACUUUAACCCACUCUGUCACAUGCAAAACUUUACUCUCAAUCUGUCAGGGAAAAACUGAAUGCUAUUCCCUUUGUGGACCUGUGUGUGUGUGUGUGUGUGUGUGUGUGCGUGUCUGUUUGUGUGUGUGUGUGUGGGGGGGGGGGGUUGAAUCUGACUGUAUUACAACAUGCAUGUGUGUGGAGCAUGGGUAUGUACAGUAUGUGUUUGGGUGUAUGUGGCCGUUUUUGUUUCAAAUGGCCAAAAGUGACAGACCAUGCGACUGGUUUCAGGACUUGUGUAGUGUUUGUGUGUGUGUGUGUGUGUGAGAGAGGGAGAGAGAGAGAGACAAUUCUCAAAAAAAAUCUUAAACAGCCAGCUUGAACUCUGGCUUCUCAUUGAGAGUCGGUGCACUGAGUUUGUCCCAGGUCUCAUGGUGCAUUAUUUCGUUGGUAGAGAUCUAUGUUGCAGCCAAAGGUUUUCAUAGAAAACCACCUCCUAUGCUGGUCUCUGAGGACCAGGUCUUCCUCCCAAAACUGGCCCUUUGAGUCUCAGCACCCCCAUACUGGGACAGAAGCGCUGUGCCAUACGCCACAUGGUGGGGACGCGUCCAAUGGUGUCAAGGUCAGGCGAACACCGCCAUCGCACUGCAGAGAUGCAGAGAGAGCGCUGAUAGCUUCUGCUGUUAGUCAUCCAGAGGGUCACGGUAGUGCCUUGUGGCGGACGAGAGUCGGAAUCUACAAAGUUCAAAGGUCACUCGAUAGGAGUUGUAGCCAGCCAACAGCUUCUACUGUUGAUCAUGAUGGGGUCGUUGGAAUGCCUUGUGGCGGGAGAGCAUGACUCUACAGAGGUCAAAGGUCACCAGGUUGGGGCUACUGUUGUGUAGACAGGCGAUUAACUGUCUCUGAGUAGUAUUCUACAUAUACUAUAAGAGUCUAUAGAGCACUAUGUAGCAAAAUGGUGGGGAUUUUGAGCACAGCUUUUGCUGUGUAGCGAUGUAGCGAGAGCUCCAAGCAUGGCUAAAAAAGAGCAUUAGACAGGCUAACUUGAGCGGUUAGCCAACAACAAUGGGUUAGCAUUGGGCUGGGAGGCCUCUGUUGUAGCAUUCGGCUAAAGGUCAGAGUGAGCUAUACACGUUAGCUUUAGGAUGGGAGAUGCUUAAGGAGCCACUGCAGAGUGAUGGGCCGUUAAUGGAUCUCUGCUGUCUCGUGCCAGGUUUCGGAGAAACAGCCUGUUUGAUAGAGUUGUCCAGGGAGGGAGGGGGGUGAGGAGAGGGAGGGAGAGAGAGAGAGAGACAAUGGUGUGUGGAAUGGAGGUCUCUUAACAUGAUGUAAAAAUCACACCAGUGCAUUGUGGGUAACUCUGAGACGUGAUAAGAGUUGGAUCAGGUGCAGGAUUGGCUCAGCUUCAGUAUUAGGGCAUUGAAAUCAGUAGAGACAGUUCAAAAGAGCUCUCUGCAUAGACACACACACACACACACUCACACUUGUGAGGCCCUGAUCCAGCCAGACCUUUUCCAAUGAUGAGAAGUCUCUAGGUCGCUGUGUUUAUAUGUCACUCUUUGCCCCCGUGGUUACCCACAAUGCACUUGUGUGAGUCUAACUACUUCCGUUAGCUGUUACGGUUACAGUAUUUUCUACACAAUAGUAUCACUCUGGUCUUAAACUGCGACAUGAAUGAAUGAACGGAUGAAUGCAUGAGAUGAUAGAUGGAUGGCUGAAGGGAAUAUGUCCUUUUUUGUAUUCAAUAAUUUCAGUGAGGUUUGGAUAUGACUGAAUUAAAUGAUAAUGAUGAUGAUGAUGAUGAUGAUGAUGAUUAUGAUGCUGUGAUCAGCUGUUU